GGCAGUCAGGUGAGCCAGGUAAAGAGGAACUUGUGCAGGUCUUUGAAAGAGAGCGCUGAUGAGUGCACAGAGGCUGUUGCACUCACCCAAGCAACAAGCAGGCUAAACACAGCAUCUCUCAAGGGAAUCGGAGCAAGGCUUGUCCUGAAGCAAGGUGGGUGAGAGAGGGUCCUCUCCUUAUCUGAAAAUGGAAACCAAAGAUGCCACGGGGAAAGGAACGGUGAGCCCCAAGAAAAAGAACCUGACCUUCUUAAAGCAGCGGCUGUACAUGUUGGAGAGGAGGAAGACAGACACCAUUGUCGAGAAGAAUGUUUCUGGGGAUCACAACAGCUCAGGAACUCUGAGGAGAAGCCAAUCUGACAGGAGUGAAUACAGCCAGAAAUUACAAGAAAAGAUGGCACCUCAAGCAGGGUCCUCAGGGUCAGUCGGCUCUCCACUGGAAACUGAGGAGCAACUGAACAGGCGGAUGAUGGCCAGAAGGCAGAAGAUAAUUGCUGAAAUGGUGCAGACAGAAAGAGAUUAUUGUCAUGAUCUGGAUCUCUGCAUCAGAACAGUGGUUGAGCCCUUAAGAAGAAUGCAGCUAUGUAUAGUCACCCUAGAUGCCAUUAUUGGACUUGAUUUCUUGCUUGCACUUUUAUCAGGGGGAGUGUUCUUGCAGAUUAAAGACUUGCUAGAAGACACAUACAAGAUCUACUGUUACCACCAUGAUGAUGCACACAUCUUGCUGGAGUCCUAUGAAAAGGAUGAAGAGCUGAAGCAAUGUUUAAGGGACUGCUUACAAUCUUUAAAAAAGAUAUAUGAAGAAGGGGGGAAACCCAACCUACUGGACAUGGGAUCUCUGAUGAUCAAACCAAUACAGCGUGUGAUGAAAUAUCCUUUGUUACUAUGUGAGCUUUUGAAUUCAACACCCAUGUCCCACCCAGACCAUGAAGCUCUGCAGGAGGCACUGGUGGCUGUGAAAGACAUGAAUAUGAACAUCAACGAACUUAAAAGAAGGAAGGAUUUAGUCCUGAAGUAUAAGAAGAUUGAUGAAGACGAAUCGCUGAAAGAGAAAUUUUCAAGGCUGAAUAUUCACUCCAUUAGUAAAAAGUCCAAGAGAGUCACAAGUCACCUGAAAAUCCUGACCGGUGGAGAACCUCAGGUGAAAGAUGAAAUUUUUAAUAAGGAAGAAAAGCUGUUUAGAAGUUUAGAAAAGACUGUGAAACUCUGUGUGAAGAAUAUUUCAUUGUCUUCACAGCAUCUGGCGGAGUUGACACACCUAGCUGCUCAGAAUGCAACUGAUCUUCAGGAUAUUCUACAUGAGAGAGAGGAUUCCGACUCUUUGAGCACAUUAACGAAUGCUGAAAACCCCUAUGACAGAUUUGCAAGUGAGCUAGACAAAAUGGUUUUGACUCCACUGUUACUGUUGCAAGUCCUGUUUCCAGGACCUCAGAAGCUAAUUGAAAAACGUUAUGAUAAACUGCUGGACUAUCAUGGCUACCACCAAAAGGCUGCAGGGGAUGAGAUGGAUCUGGCCAGAAAAGAGUAUGAAGCUCUCAAUGCUCAGCUGGUGGAGGAGCUUCAGAGGUUCAAUGAGGCAGCUAAGAAAAUUGUGACAAAUUGCCUGUGCAGCUUCAUCAUUCUCCUGAGAGAUCUGAUGUCAUCAGCCUUGCAAGCCUGUUCCACUGGAGAAUCUCCUGAGCAUCUCUCUUGUCAAGAUAUCAUUGAAGUUCAGCAUCAAGUGCUGGAAGAGGUGCACAAUCUGAAUUUUGUUAAAGAAAGUAACAGCACAACUUUUCUUGAGAGGAAGCUGAGCUUUGAAAAGAAGAAACUCAUAUCUCCACAGAUUGAAUCUCCACGUCAGACCGAAAGCUACAGGUCAAUCAUCUUGUCUACAUACAAUUUGGAUUUGGUGUACCAAGCCAAGCGCAAAUGCAAUGCCACUCAGGAGCAUGAUAUUGAUCUAUAUGAAGGAGAAGUGGUGGCUGUUGUGGAGCAAAAGGAUCCUUUUGGAAGCACAAGUAGAUGGCUUGUUGACGCUGGAAUUUCAAAAGGAUAUGUUUAUUCCUCCUUCUUGAAACCCUACAAUCCAGCAAAGGCGCAAAAGGAUGCUGGGGAAGCCGGUUUUUGUGAUGGUGACUUUGAUAACAUCAGCCUCUUUGUCUCUUCCCGGCAAAUGGAGAAUGGCUGCACCAAAACUGCAGGACAUAAGAGAAGUGACAGCGGCUCUUCCUGUAAUAGCCUAUGUGAAAAGCCUGUAGUUAAUGGAACAAAGACUGAUAGUAUCUACGAAGUGGAUGACCAACAUACUUUUUAUGCAGUUCAUGCAUUUCAAGCCAGGAGUCACCAGGAACUCAGCCUUCAGGAGUAUCAGCGGGUUCGGAUCCUUCGGUUUUCUGAUCUGAGUGGCAAUAAGGAGUGGUGGCUAGCUGAAGCAAAAGGACAAAGGGGAUAUGUGCCAGCUAGUUACCUUGGGAAGAUGACAUAUGCAUAAUGAACCACAUCAUAAAAACAU